UAAAGUUUUUCCCCACUAUCAUUAACAUACUUUCUCUAUAUUCAUCUCUUCUUCUCCUUCAAAGACUUAAAAUACAUACAAAAAAUUACAAAAAAUCUUAUGAAGCAUCUGUCCUAGUCAUGUAGUGAUCAUCAUCGAAUCAAGAAUUCAACAAGAGCCGAUCAAAGCCAUGGCUAGUCCUAGCAACAAAGGCAAAAACAUAGCAGAAAGAUCCACGUCUGAACAACCGCAGCCGCAGCAACCACAACCACCUCCUAAUUCACCAGCGUUAAGCCGGUACGAAUCACAGAAACGUCGAGACUGGAACACGUUUUGUCAGUACCUUCGUAACCAGCAGCCACCAGUACACAUCUCACAGUGCAGCUCUAACAACAUCCUAGACUUCCUCCAAUAUCUUGACCAGUUUGGAAAGACAAAGGUUCAUGCACAUGGAUGUAUUUUCUUCGGACAAGUUGAACCAGCAGGACAGUGUAACUGUCCUUUAAAACAAGCGUGGGGGAGUUUGGAUGCUUUGAUCGGGCGGCUGAGAGCAGCAUACGAGGAGAACGGAGGGUUUUCGGAGAGAAACCCAUUUGCCGGCGGCGGGAUUAGGGUUUUUCUAAGGGAAGUGAGAGAUUCACAGGCCAAGGCAAGAGGAGUUCCGUACAAUAAAAGGAAGAAGAAGAGGAGGAAUCCUAUGCAGAGUCAUGAUGUUGAAGAUGGUACUACGGGGACUAGUAGCUCCAACUUGCCAUCUUAGCAAGCAAACAAACAAAAAACAUAUAAUAAAACAAAAGUUGGGGUCAAUUAAUGGUAAGCAUUUAUUUCCCUAUAUAUUUAAUCUCUGUUAGUUUGCAAUUAUUUAUCACGUUUGAUCUAUUCGCAAUUCUACAUAUGUAUUUGAAAUAGAUCUCCACAGAAGCUCUUGUUGCAUACUUUUAUC